AUGGGCGUGCUGGUCAACUCACUGACCAAGGUCGGCCCUGGCCUGCAGGUGCCAGGGAUCCACUCGUACCUGCCACACCUGACUGGGCACCCAGAACACCUGCGUCCAGCGGCGGCGAUCGCCCGGGGCAACCAGGGAGUGAGCAUUGUCAUAGGUGUGCCAACCAUCAAGAGAGCCAAGGCAUCCUACCUCUCUCAGACCCUCAACUCACUAAUCACAAGCCUCAACGAGGAGGAGGCUAAAGACUGCCUCAUAGUUGUUUUUAUAGCAGAGCCGUGGGAUAAGGCAUUUACAGAUGAAGUGACCAAACAGAUCCAGUCAGAGUUUAUGGAUGCCUUGUCCUCUGGCCUGCUGGAAGUGAUUGUACCCCCUGCUGGCUUCUACCCAGACUUAAACAACCUGAAAGAAACUUUUGGUGACCCAAAGGAGCGAGUCAAGUGGAGAACAAAACAGAACCUGGACUACGCAUUCCUCAUGCUGUAUGCCAGGCCUAAAGCCAUGUACUAUGUGCAGAUGGAAGACGAUGUUGUUGCCAAGCCGGGCUACCUCAAUAUUAUGAAAACUUUUGCCUUGCAGCAGAAGGAAGAGUGGAUUAUGCUUGAGUUCUCUGCCCUUGGUUUUAUAGGUAAAAUGUUCAAGUCAUCAGACAUUCCAACCAUAGUGGAGUUUUUCCUGAUGUUCCAUGCUGACAAGCCAAUAGACUGGCUCCUGGACCACUAUCUGUGGGUCAAGGUCUGCAACCCUGAACAAGAUGUGAACGGUUCCGGACCACCUGAUUUAUUCUGGAUAGUGCCGAAACAUUGCCAGCGCAUGAUACAGUCUGUGAGGAGGCGCUUCAAACCUUCUUUGUUCCAGCAUAUAGGGGUGGAGUCAUCUCUGAAGGGGAAGGUGCAGAAACUAAAGGAUCGUGACUUUGGCAAAGCUGGUCUUUACAGAGCCCACGUGAACCCUGCAGUACAGCUGGCCUCUUCCCUCAAGACCUACCAGAAGUACGCACUCAGCAAAGCCUACAUUGGCGAAACUUUCUUCUGGGCCUCCAACCCAUCCAAGGGGGAUAUCAUAGAUUUUAAAUAUGACCCGCCCAUCCAUAUAGAAAUGUACUUGUUCCGCAGUGGCAACUUAGACCACCCUGGGGAUGUGUUCCACAACACAACCAUUGAGGUCCUCACCCCCUCCACCAUCAGCGAAUCUGUCAAACAAAGCAUUAUCUCCAGGGCAGGCCUGAGUAGGGUGGAGAUUGAGAACGCCUCUGAGGGGUUUAUCCCCAUUGGUCGAUUCAACGACAACGGCUUAGCCCAGGGGGAGGUGCCAGAGGAGAUAGCACUGGUGGACACACUCAGGAUACACGUGCAUCAGCAGUCAGAUGCCUGGGUCAUUUUAAGCGAGAUAAUGAUUCAAGAAGGCAAAAGGUAGCAAAACAGCAUUCAACAUUUCUUAUGGACCUAACAAACCAGAGGGCUUUGGUGCAAUUUUUUUUUUUGCAAACAUGACUGCCUGCAUUUAAAAAAAAAAAAGCUUUCUAAAUGGACAAAAUAAUACCUCAAGAACCUAGUAUGAGUCACUUGUAUAGGCAACACCCCCCCCCCCCCUCCCUUCUCACACUCUGACUGCAGUGAUUGAUUACAUGUUAGUAGCCAGUGCAUAUGAUUUGCUGGGCUUCAGUCAACAGGUGUGGACUAGUUGGGGUUAGAUGAUAUGUGUACAACGUGGGGGUCAGACAAGAAAUGUGUACGGCAUGUGGCAGUAAGGCAAGAAAUGUGUAAAAGUAGGGUCAGACAAGAGAUGUGUAUAUGUGGGGGUCAGACAAGAAAUGUGUACAACAUGUGGGAUGUGUACAAGUAAGGUCAGACAAGAAAUGUGUACAACAUGUGGGAUGUGUACAUCAUGGAGUCAGACAAGAGAUGUGUACAUCUAGGGGUCAGACAAGAAAUGUGUACAUGUGAGAUGUGUACAUCAUGGAGUCAGACAAGAGAUGUGUAAAUGUGGGGUCAGAUGAGAAUUGUGUACAAGCAGGGGUCAGACAAGAGAUGUGUACAACAUGUGGGGGUCAGACAAGAAAUGUGUACAACAUGGGGUCAGACAAGAGAUAUGUACAUGUGGGGGUCAGAUGAGAAUUGUGUACAAGUAGGGUCAGACAAGAAAUGUGUACAACAUGUGGGGGUCAAACAAGAGAUGUGUACAUGUGGGGGUCAGACAAGAAAUGUGUACAACAUGGGGUCAGACAAGAGAUAUGUACAUGUGGGGGUCAGAUGAGAAAUGUGUACAAGUAGGGGUCAGACAAGAGAUGUGUACAACAUGUGGGGGUCAGAUGAGAUGUGUAAAACAUGUGGGGGUCAGACAAGAGAUGUGUACAACAUGGGGUCAGACAAGAAAUGUACAAGUGGGGAUCAGACGAGAUGUGUACUAAAUGUGGGGGUCAAAUAUAGGGAUGUGUACUCCAUUGGAAAUCCAUAACAGCAGAUUUUUAAAUUUACCGUUACUAUAGACCUUAAACCUAAUUCAUUAUAUUACAAUGUUCACCCAUUGUCUGAUGUGUUGGUUAAAAUUUUUAGAAAUGUUCAACUUUUUGGAAAAUCUGAAUAAUUUUUUUUUUUUAAACCAGUUAAAAAGAAACAACUAUGUAUCAACUCUUAUCAUUCAACAUUAAUUUCAUCUCUCAUUUUAUUGCCUUAUAAUGAAAACUUUAAUGACUAUUUGAUGUACCUGCAUUAGCUUGAAGCUAUAAAACUCACCUCGCCAGGUAAAGUGCCAUGGUAAUGUACAGUGGGUUUCCUUAUCACAAUGCAGAUUGUUUUUUUUCAUUGUAAAGUGGGUUGCCCUGAACAACGCCAUUCUAUCAUUUGUAAAUAUCACAUUGGGUUGGAUAUGAUGGUGUUCAUCUAAAGAGAUGUUUUUAAGAUAUUGUUUUAGAACAAAGAUUUUUUUUUAUGUAUAUUUUUCUGCUUUACCCAACUCUUAUGAUGUAUUAUUAGGUGAAAAAAAAAAAAGUUUGGCUUGUGUAGACAACCUGGCCAUUUUACACUGCCUGGCCAUUACACAAAAUCUGGUCACUUUUGGUUUUGUUUGUUUGAAAGUAAUACAAUUUAUUGAUUUUUGAAAGUAAUACAAUUUAUUGAUUUUUCUUUCAGCCUGUUUUAAUGUAUACAAUUGUUAGACAUCGUUUGACUUAAAACAAAUGUUUUAUUAUGAUAGAUUUUUAAAUAAAAUCGUUUUUUAUGUGUAGCAUUGUAUAAGGUGGCAGUGUGUAUGAUGUGAUAGCGUUGAUAUGUACGUACAAGGGUGUAGUGGGUAAUAAUUGAUAUUGAUUAUUGUAUUAGAAGUUUAUAGUGUUGAAAUAUACAAACAUGUUGUAGACAGUGUAUGAGGCUAUAGUCUUGAUAUAGACACGUACGAGAGUGUACUAAGGUUAUAGCAUUGAUAUACACGGUACGAGGGUGUACUCAUGUUAUAGCCUUGAUAUACAUGUACAAAAGUGUGUACUAGUAAAACAAAAUGUGAAAUGGCAGCAGACCUAAUUAAAGUGUACAAGUAGUCUUCUGUCGUUUGAAAUGUGCUCUACCAAAUUUAUGAUGACCGUAAAUUAAACAUUGUCACACAGUACUCACACAAACUGUAGCAUUUAAACCUGUUUGUACAUCCAAUUUAUAAUGUGGCUUGCUGCACCUGAAAUUUGUGUUGAGUGAACAUUAAUAAGUUUGAGUAUAAUGCAUGGUGUGUUUUUUUUUUGUUUAGCUGAAGUGGAUGGUCAGAUAGAAACGUUGCACGAAUUUGUUAAAAUAAAUUGUUAAUUGACUUGCUUUAGUGUUCAGAGUAACUCCUUGCCUCACUGGGUGAUGGACAUUAAAAAAUGUUUUAAAUAUUUUUAGUUGAUUUACAUAUUUUAGUUUAAUAUUUUCCUAGACUAAACAAUGAAUAAGUUUAUUUUAACCUUAUUUAAUUAUAUUUUUUUUAUUUAUAUAAUUGAGUUUAAUAUUUAUCAAUACACAAUUUCUUUGGCUGUAGAUUUUAGAAGUAGAAUUGUUUAACAAUGAAAAAGAAAUGUUAUGUGUUGAUAUUAAAUUGUAGUUCUUGUGUAAACUCCUCCUCUUCCCAUCCCCCAUAAUUUUGUUUGUAGAUACAUGUGUGGGUUUGCUCCCCUGUAUUACAGAAAAACUAGAAGAGUUUCAGGAAGUAGAGUAGCUAGAUUAGAAUUUACAUAGAGGGUUUCUGAGCUCUUCAAAAUAUAACACCAGGUAUAACUGGGUAUCUUUAAUAAGAGCUCUUCACAAGAAAUAUUUUUUUCUACUUUUUUUUUCUAAAAGUCUGUUUACUUUUUGUGAUACCUCCAGUUUUUAUACUGUCAAGCUUUACAAAUCUGAUUUUCUGACGAUGAUGUAGAACAAACCUCCUUGUUGUACAAGACCAAUAAAGCUUAUUGCCCAGUAUUAUUUAUGUGGCUGUUAUUAAUUAAACAUUGAUGACUCUUAAACACACUAAUUGUGUAUACCCCUGUUGACACUAAUUAGUAAUAGUCUAAUUUAAUACGGAUAAAAACUAAAGCUAUUUUAUAUUUUCUAACAGUCACGUAUAUCAAUGGCUACCUAGCCAUAACUCUAAUCCUAACUUUAACCUUUGUGGCAGAGCCACAACAUCAGUCAUGGUUUAAACACAAAUUUAAAUCUUUACAAACUUUUCAUGUACUGCAGUAAAAAAUAUUCUCUUCUUUUGUUUUUAAAUUUGUGUGUUGUUUUAAUUUUUAAUUGUAACUAUAAUAUAAUUUAUUAAUACUGUCUAUAAUGGCACGUCUUCUUUUUGUUUUAUCACCAAAAUGUCUUGUAUUCUUAGUUGCCCCUUUUAAUCCUUCCUCCAAAGAUUUCUAUAAAGGCUCUAUAUGCCUGAGACUUCUCAUUUGUUAAAUUAGCUGUACAUUUUGCAUUAUGUUUGACGAAAUAGUAUAUUUUAAUUAUAGAUUGGUUUAAAAUUUCAUGGAAUUGAGGUUGAGGAAUUUUAAAAUUUGCAAAGACUUUUUUUAUUUGUAAAAUACCCAUGCUUUGUUUGAUUAGCCUUUUUGAUUUUUUUUUUUUAUAUUCAAGAUUGAGUCCAAUGUAUUUUCUUGAUAAUUGUCUUAAUUUUGUAGUAAGGGAGGUAACCUAAAUUUUUUUUUUUAAAUUGUAUUGUUUAAAAUAAUGCUCUUUGUUAAUUACUAAACUGAUAUGAGAAAAAAAAUAACUUUAAAAUGUAAGUUAACUCAUUUUAAUGUUGAUAUAAUAAUAAUUACAAAUAAAUUUGUUUUUCACCCA